UCAAAAUACUUGCCCGCCAAUAGAGUAAACAAGGAGCACACAACAUGUUAUUAGUUUUAAAAUUUAUUCAUAAUAGCACUCAAACGAGUUGAUCUGUCCAGCAAAACUAGUCUGAGCGGCCAGUUUACAAAUGGAGGAUAACAAGGAGCUGCAAUGCUUGAUGUGCAAAUAUUCGGACACUGACGACCUGGUCUUUGGCGAAUGGAUGAUUGUACGCAACUUGCAGGUGCACUAUUUUUGCCUGCUCCUCUCAACUCAUUUGCCGCAGCGCGGCGGAGAUAGCAGCGGAAUCCUGGGCUUUCUGCUUCGCGACAUCCGCGAGGAGGCAGCCGCCGCGGAAAAGAGGAAAUGUUGGUACUGCAAUAAGAUUGGGGCAAGUUUGCAAUGCGAUCGUUGCCGGACAUUGUUUCACCUGAAGUGCGGACUGGAGAAUCGCGCCGUUUUCGAGUUUUGCGGCCAAUACAAAAGCUACUGCUACAAAUGCAGGCCGAUGAAUGACUACAAGCGACAGCUGCAGUCGAAACCGCCGAGGAACGUCACUUGCCCCAUCUGCUUCAGUUCUAUCUAUAAGGUGGAGCUGCAUUGCGUUGUGUACGGUGACUGCUGCCGCCUCGGAUUCGCCCAUAAGAAAUGCAUGCGUCAGUAUGCUCUGACCUCCGGAUAUUACUUGCGCUGCAUUUGGUGUCGAUCGGAACGUUUCAGGGAUUCCAUACGCCUGCAGUCGGUUUUCGUGCCCGAUCGCGAUGCCACGUGGGAGAAGCAACGGAACGCCUAUAGGGAGCUCCACGAGCGCAAUUUGAAAUGCGACCAGCCCAACUGCCUGUGCCCCAGUGGUAGAACUUACAAUAGAUUAUCGUGGGUCAUACUAUGCUGCACUUCUUGCGCCGCCACUUCUGCUCAUCUGAAAUGCUUGGUGGGCGCCCUGCGACUGCCGAAGAAGCGCGAGCGUACAGAAUUCAAGUGCUCUUUGUGCCUGGACGUGGAGAAGAGGAUCGCCGAAGGACCAGCUCGCACAACAGAUGAAACCAAUGCUGACGGCGACAAUCAGGUGGAUGGCUCUUUUUAUGUGCAAAAACUGGGACCCGAUGCUGCAACUCGCUCCUUAACCCAGACUCCUGUUUUCUCCGAAGAAGACGAUAGCGAACGAAGUAGUAAUAUCACGGUGAUAUUCAGCCAACCGAAAUCUAACGCAACAAGCGAGAGGUUGUCCUUAUCGCCGCCACAGGAGGACAUGAUAGUGGAAAUUCCUGAUUCGCCAGAGAAGCCGCCAAAUACGUUCAUCGAUGAGAACCACUCGCCGCAAACAACAGAAAGAAGGCAGAUGUCAGACUCACCGCAGCCAACAGCAGCAAUUGAGAUGCCCGACUCACCGCAGCCAACAGCAAUAAACGUAAACCCUGAAUUAACGCAGCCAACAGCAUUAAACGCGAUUUCAGACUCACAGCAGCCAGUAUUCAGAACACCUGUCUCUACGCAGCUAGUACCACAAACUUCCGAUUAUCCACAGCCGCAGGAACAAGGUGUAGUCGAAGAACCCAACCCACAGUCACUGCUCAGAGAGGAUCCAAAUACUUUACUUGUGCUUAAAUCGGGCUUUCAAUGCCCCGGCGAACCAUUUUUCUACUUGGUUAUCUACGAAUUUGAGCACGGCACAUGCAUGGGUGAGUGCAUAGGUACGUGUGUGCUGCGAUUUAAAGAGGAUGACCCGCGCAUUCAGGACACCUCGCAGGCAGCUUUGGAACGCCUCAAGAUAACACCAGACGAUGUAUGGUGCCGCAGCGAGGAGCGCGGCAUCUUUGAGCAUAUCGAGAAGUUCCACGAAUGGUACAAAUCAGAGGGGUUCUGUUAAAUAUUGGUUACUCAAUUUAGGACAAUUGAAAACUUUGUGUUGGAAUUAAUUCGUCACAGAAUUCUAGUCUCUUUAUGCAUAUAUUGUUUCGCAUGAUUACAAAA